UUCCUACUGGUCUUUCCCAGCUCUGUUUUAUCCGUCCCGCUUGUUUUAUUUCCCUCCGCCUCCAGCUUUCUCUUCAUCUUCUCCUCUCCCCCAUUCACUCACGCGGAUAAUGAAAUGAAGAGAGAAGCCAUUGAUCCGUCUCCAAUAGCUUUUCUUCUCUUCAUCUUAGCACUAAUCCCCAUCGCCGGCCACGCCCUCACCGAUGCCGAAGCCGGCUAUAUCCGCCACCGCCAACUCCUUUACUACCGCGAUGGAUUCUCCGAAAAGGUUUCGAUUCCUCCGUCCUUCUCUUUCCCAAACCCUCGCCUUCGCGACGCUUACAUUGCUUUACAAUCAUGGAAACUCGCCAUAAUCUCCGAUCCGAAAAACAAAACUGGCGAUUGGGUCGGCCCAGACGUUUGUCAUUAUACCGGCGUAUUCUGCGCGCCUCUGCCUUCUGAUCCUAGCCUAAUCGUAGUCGCGUCCAUAGAUCUUAACCAUGGCGAUAUUGCAGGGUUCUUGCCAGAAGAGCUCGGCCUGCUCUGCGAUCUUGCGGUUUUCCAUAUCAAUUCCAACCGUUUCUGCGGCACAAUACCCAAUAGUUUCGAUUCGAUGCAUCUGCUCUUCGAGCUCGAUGUAAGCAACAAUCGCUUCGCCGGUAAGUUUCCAGAUGUUGUUCUCCGUCUUCCUUCGUUACACUAUUUCGAUAUCCGGUUCAAUGAAUUUGACGGGGAGGUUCCAGACGCGCUUUUUGAAAAGAAACUCGACGCGAUUUUCAUUAAUAAUAAUAGAUUCUUUGAUGAAAUUCCCGAUACUGUUGGGAGCUCGCCGGUUUCUGUGCUUGUUUUGGCGAAUAAUCGGUUUCAUGGAUGUGUUCCGUCGAGUUUGGGCAAUAUGUCCGACACAUUGGAGGAGAUCAUAUUUUUGCAUAAUAAGUUGAAGACUUGUCUGCCGAAGGAGAUUGGGUUGCUGAAAAAGGUAAAGGUUUUCGAUGCGAGUUUUAAUAGUUUGGUUGGGGAAUUGCCGGAGGAGAUUGAGGGGAUGGUGAGUUUGGAGGAGCUUGAUGUCGCGCAUAAUUAUCUGACGGGGGAGAUACCGGAGGGGAUAUGUGAGUUGCCGAGGUUGAAGAAUUUUACGUAUUCGUAUAAUUUUUUUACUGGUGAGCCGCCGGCGUGUUUGAAUGUGCCGGCGUUUGAUGAUCGGAGGAAUUGUAUCAAGGGAAGGCCGAAGCAGCGGUCGGCGAGACAGUGCAAGGCGAUUCCGAAUGAGCCGGUUGACUGUUGUUCGUUUAACUGCAAGCCGUUUGUGCCGGCAGUUCCGCUGCCACCGCCGCCUUCUCCUCCACCACCGCCAUCACCUCCUCCACCAACGCCUUCUCCUCCUCCGCCACCUCCGUCUCCUCCUCCGCCAUCGCCCUCUCCUCCUCCGCCGCCGCCACCACCUCCUCCUCCGCCGCCGCCACCACCACCUUCUCCACCUCCACCAUCGCCUUCUCCUCCACCGCCUUCUCCACCAUGCAUUGAACCACCACCACCGCCACCUUCUCCUCCACCACCAUCACCACCUUGCAUUGAACCACCGCCACCGCCGCCUCCUUCUCCACCAUCCACCCCACCAUAUCAAUAUAAUUCUCCUCCACCACCCUCUCCUUCCCCUCCAUACCAAUAUCCUUCACCCCCGCCGCCUUCACCUUCACCACCACCGCCUUCUCCACCAUCCACCCCAACAUACCAAUAUAAUUCUCCUCCGCCACCUUCUCCUUCCCCUCCAUACCAAUAUCAUUCACCCCCGCCACCUUCACCUUCACCACCACCACCUUCUCCACCAUCCACCCCACCAUACCAAUAUAAUUCUCCUCCACCACCUUCUCCUUCCCCUCCAUACCAAUACCCUUCACCCCCGCCGCCUUCUCCAUCGCCACCACCACCUUCUCCACCAUAUGCCUACUCUUCUCCUCCACCACCCGAACUUCCUUGUGAAACUCCUCCACCUCCUUCACCAGUAUACGAAAGCCCAUUGCCACCUAACAACACGGGAGCCUCAUAUCAAUCUUCUCCACUUUCCUCUAUCUCAUAA